ACACCAAGGGCGCCAGGUGCAUGACAUACUUUUUGCGAGACUGAAAGAGAGAACGUGAGGAGUUCGUUUGUGCGGCGGAGGAGUGGAAGAAAGAAAAAGAAGCCUGAUCCAUCAUGUCUUUGGCAGAUGAGCUUUUGGCUGACCUCGAAGAGGCAGCAGAAGAAGAGGAUGGCAGCUUUGCAGAUGAAGAGGAUGAGCCUCCCAUUGAGGAUGUCCAGGAGGAAAUGCAAGUGGAUCUGGCAACUGAUUCAGUCAAGAGUAUUGCCAAGCUCUGGGACAGUAAGACGUUUGCUGAAAUCCUGCUGAAGAUUGAGGAAUACAUCAGCAAACAGCCCAAAGCAUCUGAAGUUCUAGGUCCAGUAGAGGCUGCUCCUGAAUAUAGAGUCAUUGUGGAUGCCAAUAACCUCACAGUGGAGAUUGAGAACGAGCUAAAUAUUAUUCACAAGUUCAUUCGAGACAAGUACUCCAAGCGGUUUCCCGAACUAGAAUCCCUUGUUCCAAAUGCACUGGACUACAUCCGGACUGUCAAGGAACUAGGGAACAGCUUGGACAAAUGCAAGAACAAUGAGAAUCUUCAGCAGAUCCUCACCAACGCUACAAUCAUGGUGGUCAGUGUCACCGCAUCCACUACCCAGGGGCAACAGUUAACUGAGGAAGAAUUGGAGCGUAUUGAGGAGGCCUGUGACAUGGCCCUGGAGCUGAACCAGUCUAAACACCGCAUCUACGAGUAUGUGGAGUCCCGCAUGUCCUUCAUCGCCCCCAACUUGUCCAUCAUUGUGGGAGCCUCCACUGCUGCUAAAAUAAUGGGCAUUGCCGGUGGCCUCACAAACCUCUCCAAGAUGCCAGCCUGCAACAUCAUGCUUCUGGGGGCCCAGAGGAAGACUCUGUCUGGAUUUUCCAGCACUUCGGUGCUGCCUCACACUGGCUACAUCUAUCACAGCGACAUUGUACAGUCGUUGCCUCCGGACUUGCGAAGGAAGGCGGCUCGCUUGGUAUCAGCAAAAUGCACGCUGGCAGCGCGUGUGGACAGCUUUCACGAGAGCUCUGAAGGGAAGGUUGGCUAUGACCUCAAGGAAGAAAUUGAAAGGAAAUUUGACAAGUGGCAGGAGCCACCUCCUGUCAAGCAAGUGAAGCCACUGCCAGCACCCUUGGAUGGACAAAGGAAGAAACGUGGAGGACGCAGAUAUCGCAAGAUGAAGGAGCGUCUCGGUCUAACGGAAAUCCGGAAGCAGGCAAACCGGAUGAGCUUUGGAGAGAUUGAAGAAGAUGCUUACCAGGAAGACCUUGGUUUCAGUCUGGGCCACCUGGGGAAGUCAGGCAGCGGCCGAGUCCGGCAGACGCAAGUCAACGAGGCCACGAAGGCACGCAUUUCAAAGACGCUGCAACGCACUCUCCAGAAGCAGAGCAUGGUGUAUGGAGGGAAGUCCACCAUCCGGGACCGCUCCUCGGGCACUGCGUCCAGCGUGGCCUUCACUCCACUGCAGGGUCUGGAGAUUGUGAACCCUCAGGCGGCUGAGAAGAAGGUAGCCGAAGCAAACCAGAAGUACUUCUCCAGCAUGGCUGAAUUCUUGAAGGUGAAGAGCGAGAAAAGUGGCAUCAUGUCCACCACAUAGCCCUCUUGCCACGGACGCUGUCCCUCCCCUUUGACUAGCAGUUUGAACCAUGAACCAAAUUCAAGAAGAGGAGCCUUUGCACAGAAAACAGGCCUUUGUUGGAGUUCCAAAGAUGGCUUGGCGCUUCAGAACUCUCCAUUCUCCCGGGCCCAAGUGGUACCUUGUGGUUCUCUCCCUACCCUGCUUUUCUUUCUCGAGAAACGUCAUUGUCAGGGAGCCUAGUAUUCUGGCGGGAGGGGGACAUGCAGCAGGGGGAGGCACGCAGUAGAGAGGAUUGAGUUCUCUUCCCUGGUCUCAUGCAGUAUUCAGAAGCAGGCUACUGAAGGUGUGAGCUGUUUAUAACGGCAUGGAGUGGUUAGCUUAAAGGAGUAACGUGAGUGAACUUACACCAUCCCAACCAUGGCUUUAGAUCAUCCUGGAUACCAUCCUCUUCACCGUUAGCCCAAGUUUUAAAUGAAACUGAGGUUGUAAAAAUACCAGCAUGAAUAUAAGUAAUGCUUUGGGAUAGUACCAGAGCGCUUCUCCCUUGCUGUGUUGGUUUAGGAGUUACUAAUCCUUCAUCCUGUUUCACGAUCUGGAACUAAACAACGGAUUUACUGGUUAUAGUGCGUGUAUCUCUCUCCCCAUACAAGUAGAUUCAAGUUUUUCCUGUAAAAGGACUGUGCUGUGUGUGUGCUGUCAUUUGGCAGGAACUGAAAUUUCAAAAUGCUCUAUGCUCACGUUCUACGGAAGAUUAUAUCUAUGUAUGGAUGUGCUGGGGUGGUAGAAUAAAUAGCUUUGCAGUUACAUGGAACUGUGAGUGCAGGACUGGCAACUUUGGGGGAUCUGAAGGUAACUGGUUCCAUUUCUUACUGUGUAAAUGAGUGGCUCAUUAAGGGAAUCACACUUUUCUCGUGGUGUCUGACUGUGUUUUUAAUGUGGUAGGAAAAAGCAAUAGUUAUUAAAGAAUAAGACACUUUUUUCUCCCAUGAGAGAGAAGUGACUGGUUUAUUCCAUAGGUGAGACAAUUGCAGGGAGGGAGGCAGGAGGGAGAUGUAAUUCGCUGGAGGGUAAAUUAGAUCUGGUCCUAUGUUUGCUACAUGUAAGACACCCUUCCCUAACCUGAUGGCCUCCAGAUGUUUUGGACAGCACUCAUGAACCCUAGCCAGCACAGUCGAGGAAGACUUGAUGUAUAGAUGCCAUGUUUUCUCUCUGUAGUCUAGAAAAAACUCUAAAUUCAUGCUGAUUUCAGGAUGCCUUGGGUGUGGGGAGAGACAUAUAGGAUUUGUGGGGUGUCUGUUUUGACAGUGGGAGCAUGAAACUUCUUUGUCUGUAACCUGUACAUUUUUGGAAAAAAUAGAAUGGCACCUUUGGA